UGGAAAGCUUACGACCUGCCUUUUGCAACGAUAAAUACUCGUUGCUUGUUAUUGUUGGACAGCCCGGAACGACUGGAUUUGUUGAUUUACUCGCGUCAGAGAUUGAGAGAGGUUUGUUCAUGCAGAACAGCUGUGGCUUAACAUCGUAUACCCGACAUGAGCUUUUGGAUAUUGGUUUUGGAAUUCCGUGCAGUUUUAUCGACAACCUUCGACUCCUUCCUGAGAUCGCCAGAACACCCAAGGCCACUCACUCUACCCGGCCGGGCGGAAGUGCUCGCAGGUGGCGUCGAGAUCUUAAACAAAGGCGGGGGAAGCGCAGAGUAGUAAGAGCUAAGCUAAAGCUAACACCACACCGGCUCUCUUUUCCCAGCAACAUGUAUGAUCACUGGUGAACAAAUUGGAUGAGAUUCGACUCAGCAUCACUCACAGCAAGAGACUUUUGAACUGUAAUGUUAUGAUCUUCACGGAAACAUGGCUACACAGCGGCAUAUCUGACAAUGCUAUUGAGCUAGUGGGACACCACAUGCUCCGGGCGAAUAGAACGGCAGAUGGCUCUGGUAAGACCAGAGGUGGAGGAUUGUGCAUUUACGUUAACAAAGCUUGUUGCACGAACUCUGUUAUUGUUGGAAGACACUGCUCAGCUAACCUAGAGUCUCUCAUGGUUAAAUGUAGACAGUUUUAUCUGCUGCAGGAGUUCACUUCCACUAUUAUAACUGCAGCUUACAUUCCCCCGGAUGCUGAUGCCAAGCUUGCUAUGAACGAACUUCAUGCAGCCAUCAGUAAACAACAGACUGCUCACAUGGAAGCUGCAUUUAUUGUUACUGGAGACUUUAAUCACUCAAACUUAAAGGCAGUGCUCCCAAAAUUUCACCAGCAUGUUUCAUGUCAAACCAGAGGAAACAAAACUUUGGACCAUGUUUACACAAACAUGGUUGGAGCUUAAGCUGCGAGCUACAAGCUAAAUGUAGAGGAGCACUUUUCCAACUCCGACACUCGACGCAUGUGGCAGGGCAUCCAGGCCAUCAGUGACUAUAAACCCAGCCACCCCACCCCCACAGUUGUUGUCCUCUUCCUGAACGAGCUUAAUGACUUUUAUGCUCGCUUUGAGAGAGACUAUAGAGAAACUGCCACCAAGCUCAAAUCCUCAGCUGACCACCCACCAAUCACACUCUCCUGCAUAGAUGUCUACAACGCACUGAGCCGGAUCUGUUCGCACAAAGCUGCUGGACCAGACAACAUCCCUGGAUGUAUACUCGGGGCGUGUGCAGGGCAGCUCGAUGGGGUUUUUACAGACAUUUGCAAUCUGUCUCUUGCCCAAACAACUGUGCCAACAUGCUUUAAAUCCACAUCUAUUGUACCAGUGCCAAAACACUCCAGCCCAAAGUGCCUGAACGACUACCGCCCUGUAGCACUCACACCCAUUAUCAUGAAGUGCUUUGAGCGGCUGGUCCUAGCACACCUGAAGGACUCUCUGCCAUCCACACUGGACUCAUACCAGUUUGCCUACCGCAGCAAUAGGAGCAGAGAGGAUGCAGUUUCCAUGGCACUCUGUACUCACACAUUUGGACAAUAAGAACACUUAUGCACGAAUGCUGUUUGUUGACUUCAGCUCAGCAUUCAAUACUGUCAUCCCUUCCAAGUUAAUAGCUAAUCUUGGAGACCUGGGGCCUCAUUUAUAACCGUUGCGUACGCACAAAACAUGCCCUGAAAGAGGUGUACGCCACGUCCCACGCAAAAGAUGGGAUUUAUAAAAACAAACUUGACGGAAAAAUGUGCGCACCUGCAUGCAAACUCUGACCCAUGCGUACGGACAUUUUGGAGACAGAGCAGUUUGGCGACACCGAUGGUAUACGCUUGUGGGAUGUUGACCUGGAUGCUUGCAAUCUAGAUGAACAACUCAAACUGUUUAUUUCAAGACACUCUGCUUUCUUCUCCGAGGACCUCAAAGGCCAAAAGACACUUCAGCACAGCGGAGAUGUACUUGAGACCCAGGUGGUGGUUAACCCAUCUCAUGCUUUGGUGUGCUCAGAAGUUCGUCGACUUGUUUCUGAUGCAUCUCUUCACAAGCUGUUAAUUCUAGCAGGACAGUCUGUCGAAGAUACUGGCGAUCUUGUGUUGCAAACAGGGUCAUUUUCACUUAAUGACUUCAUUCAGAUAUUGGCAGAUGAAGAGAUUGGAGAUCUUUUGAGCUCUGCGGCCCCAAGUCAAAAAGCCAGCCUGACCCUGAGUUGCCCCAGAUAUGGCAUGUGGAGAAGUUCCCAGUUAGAAAAGCAUAAAUUGCAAGAAAUUAUAGGAAUUAAAACCAACCCUCCAUUGGUGCAUCCAGAGAUGGAGGGACUUCAGGAGUUCACAGAGUAUCUGUCAGAGUCUCUCGAACCUCAAUCACCAUUUGAUCUGCUUUUGCCACCCAGUACAGUUGGCUUUCUGAAACUGUCCCGUCCAUGCUGCUAUGUGUUUCCAGGAGGAAGAGGUGACUGUGCUUUCUUUGUUGUAAAUGGUUUCAAUGUCUUGGUCAAUGGGGGGUCUGAUCCAAGGUCCUGUUUCUGGAAAUUGGUGAGACAUCUAGAUCGAAUUGACUCUGUAUUGCUUACUCAUGUUGGUGUGGAUAAUCUGCCUGGUAUAAACAGCCUGCUUUACAGAAAAGUGGCUGAACAUGAAGAAAAAGAACUCUGUGAAUCACAGAGCAGUGAAGAUUGGCAGAAGAAACUUCUAUCUCCAGAAAUCGGGGUUGUAUUUUUUAAUGCUUCUGAAAGACUUAAAACACUUCAGAGUGACCCCAGGGUGCUUCGAAGUUCUGAUCAGGCUGUGUUAACAUUACAGAAUUUAGAAAAGUUAUUGAUUUCUCCAGAGCAGCUUAGCCGGUCAGCUGGUUCUACUAUUGAGCCAGUAAUCCUUUUUCAGAAGAUGGGUGUAGGUCGACUAGAGCUUUAUGUUCUCAAUCCAGUCAAAGGUAGCAAAGAAUUUGAGGUUUUCUUGCAAACUUGGCCUGAUGUAAAAAGUUCAGACAUCCCCUUAACCAGUACAGUGUCGAUAUGUGCUCUGUUGGUCUGGCACCCAGCUAAUAUGCAUGAAAAGUUGAUCCGUGUUCUAUUUUCUGGGUGCACACCAGAGUCGAAGAUCUUUGAAGGGUUGGAGAGGCUGAAGCAUCUAGACUUCCUCAAACACCCGGUGGUUAGUUUAAAGGACCUUGAGUUAGAAAAACUGGAUAAACAGCCAAAGCAUGCAGAGAGCAAGGAAAGUCUUAAGAGUAUUUCCAAAGAAUCCAGACUAGUUAGUGUCUCACUCAAAGAAAAAUCGUGCAAAAUGGAUUUGAAAAAGCAAGAAAAUAAAGGCAAGAACAGAUACACCAAUGAUACUGUUCAUAGAGAUGGAAAAGAGAGUGGGGAGAAAGCAAUGGUAAAAGACAAUGUGAAAAAAAACCCUCUGAAGCCUGAUAAGCAAGUUACUAAGAAAGAACCUUUUAAGGAUGAGAGGAAGGAAUUUAGGAGAAAAGAGGAAAGGCUGCCAAAGAAAGAUGACAGUGUUGACAAAAAGAAAGAGCCCUUCAAAAAAGAUGCAAGUGCAAAGCCCAAGAAAGAUAUUAAACCUGAUUUUAAAAAGGAGGUCAAGAAGGAGGUCCAGCUGGAAGAUAAAGGAACCAAAAGUCUUUGUAAGGAUGUUAAGAAAACCACUGGAAAUGUGCAAGGUAAUGGAGAGUACAGAAAGUCCGUCGGGAAGAAUGGCUCAAUAAAGAAAGAAUUGAUCGUCUCAAAAAAAGUCACUUUAACCAAAUCGAAGCAAAAGCCAUACAAAAAAGAAACUAACAAUAUGAAAUCUUCAAGUGAUGGGACUACAUCAAAUGACAUUGCUGCAGAAUUAGAAAACUCAGAGAUGGAGCAUGAGCCAUUUCAGAAUUUUGAUGACAAACAUGUUAAUUUAAGAAAUGAAGGUGCAAAUGAUUCACAAUUAAAUUGCUCUGAAGCAGGAGAGGAAAGUCCAGAGAAGUUCCGUUGUAUGGAUGGAUUUCCUGACUCUAACAAUGAUAAUGGAUCUCCAUCUCCAAAAUGUGUCAAUUUUGUUCUAACACCAACAUUGCUUGACGGAUGCUUAAAAAAGCAUAGAGACUCUCUGGAAUUAGUUUCCCAUGAUAAUAUUUCUCAGUUGUCUGGUGAGGAUACUAAGGUAGGUAACAGGAUGGCAUACAUUGAUGGACAGAAAACAGAUAUGGCAUUACCUCUAAAAGCAUCUUUUAAUAAUCCCAACACAUAUGAUGGAUCAGAGAAUUCUCUCUUUGGACCUCAAAGUGAUGUACUUUCACAUGAUGUUGAUCUAUGCCUGGUUUCACCCUGUGAGUUUAAGCAUCACAAAUAUCCAGAGAAACACCAGGAACUAUCUCCUGAGAUUGCUGACCAAAGUUCUGGCUUUUCUCAGGAACAGGUAACACUGACGUACCAAUGCAGUAAUAGUGAUAACCAGUCACUAGAGGGCCAAGAAAUCUCAAUGUCCUCACUGAUCUCGAUUUCUGAUUCCAAUGUCCCUCUAAGCACUGGAGAGUGUCCCAUCAUAAGCAAGGACUUGGACGAUGAAGACAGCGGUGACCUAUUUCCACCCCAGCAUCCUCAUUUGUUACACAAUGAUUCUCAACAGACUUCUGAAGACCCUCUACCUGCUCCUGUGAAGGAUUUACCAGCAAUGCCAACUCAGCCUGGUGCCUGCAUGACUGAUCCAGAGGCUGAUGGUCAGAGCAGAAGUUCUAAGAGCGUAACAUCAAAGACCAAGAGGCAAACAGCAUCAGCAAAGUCAUUAUCAGCAGACCUCAUAACACUGAGUGGAAAGACAAAGGCUCAAGCAUCUGCCAUUAGAACUAUUAGGGCAACACCCAAUCUGGACACCAGGCCUGCAUCCCGAAAUGCCAUAAGUGGAUCUAAACAAGCCCUUUCAAAGUCCUCAUUCAGUUCUGUCAGUGCUAAUGCAAGUUCAAUAUCAGUCUGUUUGGACCUGGCCUACCUGCCCUCUGGAUUGGCAGCCUCCACUGUUGAUGUAGAGUUUUUCCGUCGCCUGCAGUCAUCCUGCUAUAUAAUUAGUGGAGAUGAGCCACACAAAGAAAGCGUCAUGAGAUCUAUUCUAGACUCUCUGUUAGAAGGGAAAGCUUCUUGGCCAGAUGUGCAGGUAACUCUGAUCCCUACGUUUGAUUCGCUGGCUAUGCACGCCUGGUAUCAGGAGACCCACGAGAGGCAGAGAGAUUUGGCAGUCACAGUCCUGGGGAGCAACAGCACUGUUGUAAUGCAAGAUGAGACCUUUCCAGCAUGCAAAGUGGAGUUUUAAAGGCUACUGCAGAAUUAUACCCCCUUUUUUGACUAAAACAAAUGUCUUCACAUGUAAAAGUUGCAUGAACGGCAUUUUAAAACACAGUUGACCCAAAUGCUGAUUAACUAGAGCAAGAGGAAGAUGCAAUGAAUUCAUUCGUAAAGGGGGUUAGAUCAUGUUUCCAAAUUUAUUUUUAUGCUUGUUUCUAGCAGUUUUACAUUUGCUCAUGUUAUUGUGUGUUAUUCAUUGCAUCUUGUGGAUGUCCAGGCAUGUUAAGUUUCAUGACUAUUUGGUAUGUUUCUGCAUGCAUAUACAUUUUGCAGUUUGAUGCAACACAUAUACACUAAUAUGUCUGAAAGAGGUUACCAAACUUAAUUGUACGGAUGCUGUACAACAUGAUUUUUUUUACAGUGCUUAUACAGAACGUUUGGCUAUUGGCAAGUUAGCUAAAGAAUAGAAGUAAAAUUAGUUUUGCAUGCUUUGUCACAUUUUACUAAUUUUCUUACUACAGAGAAAAGCACACUUUUAUCUCUGUUUACGUGCAUCAGUCAGAAAAUAUCUAAAUGUUUUGAAGUAGUGAAGUACACUUCUGCAUUAAUCAGGACGUACAGUAUGGUUAUUCAGCAGACAGACAGGAAAGACAACAAACACUAAAGAAACAUUUCAUUCAUUUAGUUUAUGGCCUUUGGUUGGAGUAGUUAAAUCUGUACUGAUCACCUUGUUUGCCUGCUUUUGUUUUGUUUUUGAGUGUUAUAUAGAUGAAGUAACCUCUGUACAUUGUCAUAGGAAUGGUCUUAUGCACUCCAAUCAAAUAAAACAUUGUUAAUGUUAGUCUGAUGUAGCCAUGGUCAUCAAAAUAAUUUUUCAAGAUUGCAACGUUAUAAAACGGUCGGUAGAAAUGUUUAUGCAAUUCAAACUUUUUUAUUUAUUUUGUGGUACAAGUAAUAAAGUACAUGUUUUGGAAGAA